AAAGUCGAGCUGGGGAAGGCUAUCUAUUGAACUAAACGUGUGCCUCUUUGGUCUUUCACUAUUUUCAGAACUGUCUUGUAAGAUACGGCAGCAGAAAAAAAAAACUGCUUGUAAUUAACGACGGGAAGCGAGGAGUGUAGACUGGCAAAUGAAUCUCUUGCCCAAUAAGAGAUUGAGACUGCAGAAUGAAAGGUCCCCUAGUUCAAGAGGCUGAAGUAAUUUGCUGCUGUAGAUCGUUUACCCCGGAGCUGGAGGGUGAGCGUGCAAUUUGGAACAUUCACGCUGAGGUUUGAUACAACGUUGAAACGCAAGAAUUGCAAUAUCGGACCGAGGGGGCCAGUCAGCACCGCUACAGACCAGAUCCGCAAACAAACCCUUCAGCCACCAAUAUAUUGUCAUGCUGUACAACUGAAAUCAUGGCUGACGUGACAGUGAAGCAAGAAGCAGUAGAUUCUGUGGGACUGGAAAGCAGGAUUUUGGAACUCUGCCAGCAGUUCCCACAAGGAAUCACAGAUCAAGUUAUUCAGAAUGACAUGCCACAUGUGGAGCCACAGAAGAGGGCAAUGGCAAUCAACAGACUUCUUGCAAUAGGCCAAUUGGAUCUACUAAGAGGUACUUCAGGUCUCCUAUAUCGCAUAAAGGAUACCCAGACUGCAAGCAAAAUGAAAGGUUCUGACAAUCAAGAAAAAUUAGUUUAUCAAAUCAUCGAAGAUGCUGGAAAUAAAGGUAUAUGGAGCAGAGAUAUUCGAUACAAGAGUAACCUUCCAUUGACUGAAAUCAACAAAAUCCUAAAGAACAUGGAGAGCAAAAAACUAAUUAAAGCUGUCAAAUCUGUAGCUGCUUCAAAGAAAAAAGUAUACAUGUUAUAUAAUCUGCAGCCAGAUCGAUCGGUGACCGGUGGAGCAUGGUACAGUGACCAGGAUUUUGAGUCAGAGUUUGUAGAAGUGUUGAAUCAGCAGUGCUUCAAAUUCUUACAGAAUAAGGGAGAAGUGGCUCGUGAGAGUAAACAGAGUCCAAUGGUACAAAGGAACAGUUCAUUUGCUUCAUCCCAUGAAGUGUGGAAAUACAUCUGUGAAUUGGGUAUCAGCAAGGUGGAACUCUCUAUGGAAGAUAUUGAAACCAUUCUGAAUACAUUGAUAUAUGAUGGAAAAGUGGAAAUGACCAUCAUAGCUGCAAAAGAAGGGACUGUUGGGAGUGUGGAUGGACAAAUGAAGCUGUUUCGGGCGGUUAAUCCCAUCAUUCAGCCCACUGGCUUGAUGCGGACACCUUGUGGAAUGUGCCCAGUGGUGGGUGUAAAUGGAUAUGGUGCCAAUCAAGAAGGCUGCUUUGUUCUGGAUGGUGUCAAGCCUUGAGUGUUUUUGGAGCUGCAUCCCUCCAGACAAGUGGUAUUUGACGAUUGCCAUGAAGAUGGGGAGAUUUCUCCAUCGACUUGUGUUUACAUGACCGAGUGGCUAGAAUUCUAGCCACUGUUGGCAUAACAAAGAGACUUUAGAGUUCGAUUGUUGGACCAUUUAAAACUGUUGGCAGUGUGCCUGGAUGGAUUUUCAUUGUGUAUGGCACAGAAAUGGACCAUUCUGCCCCAUCUGGUCUAUGACAGUGUUUAGGCUCAAACUCUUUCAAUCCCUCUUCAAAAAACCGCUUCUAUUCUUUUCAUCAUACUUACCUAGCUUCCCCUUCAAGAUAAUUAAUGGAACUGUGGAUGGAGCUCGGCCCACAUUGGCAAAACAUGAGAAGAAUUGAAUCUGCAGUGUUUUGAAUGUGAGAUUAUGAAAACUGAACUUUUUUUUAAUGUAACAUUUAAUUUAUUUUGUAUCCAAAUGUUUCUGGUUUAAAUUUUACUUAGCAGUUAU